UUAAUUCGGGACAGAGGAAGAGCGGCGUUGUCUUCGCAAUUUACUGCGAGAGCUUAAUAUAAAGUCUCUCCACUCUGCUUUCCCUCAGGCCAGCGUCAUGUGUCCUCCACUGCAGUGCCUAAAUAUGGGCUUCCUCCUCUCCAAAUAUGGACAUCUACGUCACAGCAAGAGGGUAUAAAAGGAGCGGGGAAGCCUCUCAGCUCAGAGAGAGCCCUGAGAGCCCACAAGAGCAACUGUUAGAGCAGAGAUAGAUAGACAAAUACAUAGAACUCCCUUACUGAGAAAUAUCACAACAAAAGUGAAAGUCAAUUCAAAACAUAUCCAUCCAAGAGGGUCAAAACCUGAUUGGAUCAGCCAUUUGAUACAUAGAUACAAAAUCAAGAUUGAUCUGUUGAUUCAUUUCAAUGGAUCUAGGGAAUGAGUAUAAAGGACACUUUUGAUUUUUUCUGAAAGACAAGUGGAUUUUUACUCAUCUCUGAGAGAAAACAACAGGACAACUGGAGGACAAGAGUCACGGAGCAAGAAAGAGAAAAGCAUCUUCCUCCUCACCAGCAGAAGUGUACAGCUGGGUUAAGUGAUUCCCUCCACCUGCGAGGCACCGCUCUGCCAGCGUGCAUCCAGCCUCCUGCACUCAUCACCAGCCACCAGCGCAGCUCCAGCACCAGCAGAGGAUGGCUUCAGCCAAGACCGAGAUGAUCCUCCCGACCCUGCAUAUCUCAGAGCCUCUGAGCUUCCCCCACUCCCCCAUGGAUAACUAUCCCAAGCUGGAGGAAGUGAUGAUGCUCAGCACUGCAGGGACCCCCUUGUUCGCCACCUCCGCAACUGAAGGUGCAGGCUUUGGCUCCGGGGAGCCAGGGGAUCAGUACGACCACCUUGCUGGAGAUACGUUACCUGAUAUCCCCUUCGGUUGUGACAAGUCCGUGGGAGAGCAGACUUACCAGAGGCUUCCCCCCAUCUCUUACACAGGCCGCUUCACCCUGGAGCCCGCCACCUCCUGCAGCAACAGCCUCUGGGCGGAGCCCAUCUUUGGCCUGAUCACUGGUCUGAUGGGCAAUAUUGCCCCCAGCUCUUCCUCCGCUCUUUCACAGACCACCUUGUCCUCGUCUUUAUCAAUCCAGUCCACCACUCCUUCCUCUUCUACCUCUUCCUUAUCUCAGAGCCUCAGUUCCUCCAUUCACCACAACGAGCCCAACCCCAUCUACUCAGCCGCCCCAACCUACUCCAGCCAAAACUCUGACAUCUUCCCGGACCAGGGCCAGAUCUUUGCCAGUGUGACUGGAGCAGUGCAGUACCCUCCUCCUGCCUACCCCAAUGGCAAAACCUGCAACACUAACUUCCCUGUGCCCAUGAUUCCUGACUACCUCUUCCCUCAGCAGCAGGGAGAGAUCAGCCUGGUGCCCCCUGACCAAAAGCCCUUCCAGAGUCAGUCAAGCCAGCCCUCCCUCACUCCUUUGUCCACAAUCAAGGCCUUCGCCACCCAGACUGGUUCCCAGGACUUAAAGAGUAUCUACCAGUCUCAGAUGAUCAAGCCCAGUCGCAUGCGCAAAUACCCCACAAGGCCAAGCAAGACACCCCCCCACGAGAGGCCCUACGCUUGCCCAGUGGAGACCUGCGAUCGUCGCUUCUCCCGCUCUGAUGAGCUGACACGUCACAUCCGCAUCCACACAGGCCAGAAACCCUUCCAGUGCCGCAUCUGCAUGCGCAACUUCAGCCGCAGCGACCACCUCACAACACACAUCCGCACUCACACCGGUGAGAAGCCCUUUGCCUGCGAGAUCUGCGGGCGCAAGUUUGCCCGCAGCGACGAGAGGAAGAGGCACACAAAAAUCCACCUAAGGCAGAAGGACAAGAAAGCGGAGAAGGCAGGAGCGGUGGCGGGGACAGCAGCACCUGUAUCAGCUGCUUCACCUGCCUCCAGCUACCCUUCUCCCAUCACCUCCUACCCCUCUCCAGUGUCUUCUUACCCCUCUCCCGUCACCUCCUGCUACUCCUCUCCUGUCCACAACUCCUAUCCAUCUCCUUCCAUCGCCACCACCUACCCUUCGGUGUCAAUGUCCAAUUCCUUCCAGUCCCAGUUAGCCUCCUCCUUCCCUUCCUCCAACAUCUACAGCUCCCCCAUUCCCACCCCACUAUCAGACAUGCAGAGCACUCUCUCUCCAAGAACAAUCGAGAUCUGCUAAGAAAGACUUGUGAUAAAAACCUUUUAUAGUCUCUGUGCACCUCUCCUUCCUUACGGUUAUUUGAGGGGAAAGAAAUCAGCAUCAAAAGACUUUGUUUUCCCCUCCAAAAAGCACUUUUCUGUCUGCUCCCUGUGCAGUGUUAGGUGAAUCUUGAGAUUUACCUGAAACAGAGAAAAAGACACAUGUCAAGGACUUAGCAAAGACAAUAGAAGAUGAAAACGGAAUUCUUUUUGUUUCUGUAAAACGAAUGCAGCACUUCAAAUGCAUAAGGGACUCACCCGAGAGAGCAUAGAAACCGGCACUGACGGGUCUCUACCAUAAGGUACACAAAAUCCAAGAGACUAACAGAUUGCCAGCAGUUGUGGCACGGUCGCCUUGCAGGCACUCAUACAGUGCAAAAGACAUUGAAUGAUAUACAUAAGCUACCACAUAUGUAUAUUGUACAUGUGCCAUGUUCCAUUUUUUAUCAUUCUUCGGUACCAUUGAUGUGAAAUAUUAUUUGCAUAUUUGCAUUGUAUUAUUUGAAGUGAGCAGGGCCAUAUUUUCUACAUACUUUCUCUAUUAUGUAGUGAUGAUGCUGUGAUUCGUUUUGACAUUGUUUGAAAAAAAAGCACUUAAGUAUUCGAGCAUGAGUAAGAGUGAUGUUAGUUUCUGUUUGUAAAUAUCAUUCACUGGUACUAUAUUUUUCUCUCUUUCUCCCAUGUGACAUAUCGCUUGGUUGUAUGGAAAAAUAGAGAAAAGAAAAAAAUACAUUUAAAAUGACAACUAAACAAGACAAACGCUCCCGUAAUUUGGUGCCUUUUUGUGAAGCCUUGCUGAUGUUGUGACUCGGCUGUGCGCGAGAGAGGAUGCACUGCAUCUCGCCUUAAGGGUUGAGGGAAUAUUUUUGUUACAGAAUGUAAGUCAUAUCCGAGGGAGGAAAAGGGACGAGCUAUGAGGGCACCGCUUCAUUUCAUUAGAAUGUAAGCAAAAAAGGAGAAAAACUAUAGAGUAUAUUUUUGUAAAACUUAAGUGUAAAUAUCCACAUCUUCAAGAGCUGGAAUGUUGAAGUUACCUACUGAGUAGGCAUGGGAUUAUUUUGUAUGUCAUAUACAUGCAGUUCAUUAUUUUGUGGUUAUCUUUAUUUUGUAUUUGUGUUUGUUAAAACAAGUGACUGUUUCUGGCUUCUAAACACAUUGAAUGCGCUUAACUGCCAAUGGGAUAUUUGGUGUACAAGAUAUCCUCCCAGAAAUGAAAUAUAAAUAAAAAUAUAAAUAUAUAUGUA